CCCACCAGUUUGGCCCGCAAAUCCUCGACAGUAAUGUGCCAUGAAGGCGUCAUCGUGAUCGACCCUUUAAAGCGCUUGUUAUUAGCCGAAAAUGCUUGAUCCAGUAGCUACAUCUGUCAAACUACGCCGAGUGUCAGACGGGCCAAUCCAUCGGCGACGACGUAUCAGCAGCCGCGUGGCUGUGACGGUACCACUGCAAACCUCCUGCUAAGUUUGCUUAUUUGGCUCCAAUGGCGCGGGCCGUGGCUGAAUGAUAUGCCCAGGGUUGGCUGACUGUUCCCGACGCGGGAACGGGUACAGGUGAGACUGCGUGUGAGAGUACGUAGCCACGGCUGGGAAUCCGAGGGAAUGCGAGGUCUCAAAUCUUCGCAGCCAUGUAUAAAAGAGGCAUUUCAGUUCAAGAGCCUAGAGAACCAAAACUACAAUAACUCACAGCUCACGCAUUAAACUCACCGCGAAAUACUCUAAUAACCCACCCAUGCCUCCCCAACGCGCAACCGUAAUCGGCCUAGGCCUCUCCGGCGCCCUCCUCGCCCUCUCCCUCAAUCGCUACUCCUCCACCAUCCCUACAAUCUACGAGCUGCGCGCGUCUCCCUCUACCCUAGGCGGCGCGAUCAACCUUACUCCACCCGUCUCGCGCAUUCUAGACUCUCUCGGCCUCCUAGCCGCCGCAAAGGAAAUCGCCUUCGAGACAAAGGAGAUAAGUAUCUUUUCCCUCCGAAGCGGGGCUAAACUGGGCGCCCUCCCCUUUAUCGACGAGGAGACUGGGCACACCAGCCUACGUAUCGAGCGCGCGCUGCUGCUUGAGCUCCUGAUCCGCGCGCUAGAUGAGGCGGGCGUGCAAGUCGUGUUCGGGAAGCGCCUUGAGGGCGUGCGUGAGGUUGAGGACGGUAGGGUCGCGGCGGUUUUUGCAGAUGGGGGAGAGGUGGAGAGUGAGUUGUUGUUUGGGUGCGAUGGGAUACACUCCCUUGUGCGAGGGGCGUAUGUCGAGCCGGACAGGAAGGCGACGUACUCUGGCCUGAGUUCGGCGUAUGGGUUUUCGGCUACUCCUGAGGGGUUGAUAGGGAAGGAAGGCUUCGAGGGAACAGCGGUGGCCUCGGGGAUGAGAGGGAGUGUUAUUGUAAGUUACUGCGGACCGAGGAAAGAGAAGGUAUUUGUAGGCGCGGUGAUGGAGGUUAAAGCCCCCGAUGCCGACAGGGACGGGUGGCGCGGGAAGGGCGCCAUGGGGACAGAGGCAAAGAAAGAGCUAGUAGAGAGGUUUGGCGGGGGAGACCCGGUGUUUAAGGCAGUAGUUGAGGGAGUGGAGGAAUGGUCAUUUUUCCCAGUGUGGGUCUUGCCUAAUGGAGGGACGUAUUGGAGGGGGAGGACGGUUUUGGUUGGAGAUGCAGCACAUGCGGGUCCCCCUGGCGGAGAAGGCGCUGCUCUCGCGAUGGAGGAUGCAGUCGUACUGGGGCGUCUUGUUGGGAAGGCGGAGGAAGAGGGGGCAGCCGUGGAAGCGGUUUUCAGGCGGUAUGAUGAGCUGCGCCGGGAGAGGGUGACAGAGAACUACACACGUGCGUCGGCAAGGUGGGAGGGGGCGAAGAACCGCUCAUGGCUCUUUCAGAAGACUAUGGAGUUGUUCAUGUGGGCGUUCCUCAUGGUGUGGUGGAAUAAGAGGGAGUGGGGGUUUGAGUAUGAUGCGGCGAAUGUGGAGCUGGGUGGUAAGCUGUGAGUGGGUACGGUUGUGAUGUCUAGGGGUAAUGUAAUCGUAUAUUUUGACCUUCUCAAUGAGAGCUUGCGAAUUCCCAGAAGAAACAUUUCAAAUGAAGGUAGGGG